AUGGGGACGGCGGCGGCGCUGGCGAUCGUAUCGGUGCUGUGCUGGGCGGCUCUGGCGGCGGUGCGCGGGUCGCACGUCGUCUACCCGGAGCUCCAGUCGCUGGAGGCCAAGGAGGUCGCCACGGAGCUGCGCACGGGGUACCACUUCCAGCCGCCAAAGCACUGGAUCAAUGAUCCGAAUGGGCCAAUGUACUACAAGGGGCUGUACCAUCUCUUCUACCAGUACAACCCCAAGGGCGCCGUGUGGGGGAACAUCAUCUGGGCGCACUCCGUCUCCACCGACCUCAUCCACUGGGUGGCCCUCCAGCCCGCCAUCUACCCCACCAGGCCAUUCGACGUCAACGGCUGCUGGUCCGGCUCCGUCACCAUGCUGCCCAACGGCGUCCCCGUCAUCAUGUACACCGGCAUCGACCCCCACAAGCACCAAGUGCAGAACGUUGCCUACCCUGCCAACCUCUCCGACCCCUUCCUCCGUGAGUGGGUCAAGCCGGACUACAACCCCAUCAUCAUCCCCGACCGCGACAUCAACGCGAGCGCAUUUCGAGAUCCUACGACGGCCUGGUACGGGCCUGACGGACACUGGAGGUUGGUGGUGGGCAGCAAGGAGAACAUGAGAGGAACUGCGGUGUUAUACAGGAGCCGAGACUUCAAGAAGUGGAUCAAGGCACGCCACUCGUUGCACGCAGGGCUCACCGGAAUGUGGGAAUGUCCGGAUUUCUUCCCUGUGGCGGUGGCCGGAGGCAGCCGUCAUCACCAGAGCGGCGUGGACACCGCGGAGUUGCACAACCGUGUUGUGGCCGAGGAGGUCAAGUACGUGCUCAAGGUGAGUCUAGAGCUGACACGAUACGAUUACUACACCGUCGGCACCUACGACCACGACAAGGAGAGGUACACCCCAGACCCUGCCUUCCCGGACAACGACUAUGGCCUCCGCUACGACUACGGUGACUUCUAUGCAUCGAAGUCCUUCUUCGACCCGGCCAAGAAACGUCGUGUGCUCUGGGGCUGGGCCAAUGAGUCUGACACCGUCGUCGACGACCAACACAAGGGCUGGGCCGGCAUCCAGGCGAUGCCAAGGAAGAUCUUCCUGUCGCGAAGCGGGGCGCAGCUGAUCCAGUGGCCAGUGGAGGAGGUCAAAUCACUACGCGCGAAGCACGUCAAUGUCAGCAACAAGGCCAUCAAAAGCGGCAAGUACUUUGAGGUCACGGGCUUCAAAUCCGUGCAGUCGGACAUGGAGGCGGUGUUCGUGAUAAGAAACCUGGACAAGGCAGAGAAGUUCGACCCGUCGUGGCGAACCAAUGCACAGGGGUUGUGCAAGAAUUUCAACUCGCACGUUAAAGGUGGCGUUGGGCCGUUCGGGCUCUGGGUGCUGGCCUCCGAUGACCUCGAGGAGAGGACGGCUGUCUUCUUCAGGGUGUUCAAGACCAAUGACACCAACUACGUCGUUCUCAUGUGCAAUGACCCGACAAGGUCGUCGUACGAGUCACAGAUCUACAGACCGACCUUUGCCGGCUUCGUCAACGUUGACAUAGCAAAGACAAAGACGAUCACACUAAGGACAUUGAUUGAUCAUUCUGUGGUGGAGAGCUUCGGGGCCGGCGGCAGGACGUGCAUCCUGACUCGGGUUUACCCGAAGAAGGCCAUCGGGGACGACGCGCACCUCUUCGUCUUCAACAACGGCGAGUCAGACAUCAAGGUCACCAACCUGCACGCGUGGGAGAUGAAGACCCCCACGAUGAACAAGCUGCUGGAGCAGUAG